AUGCUGCCUUUCGCCCUGACUUUGGUCGGGAUCCUUGCUCCAAUUGGUUCCUACGCCAGUGCAGGGCCAUCGGCCUGUUCCAAUAUCACAUCUCAGCUUGGAUCAUCAAAGGUCAACAGCCACAAACUGAGUUUAAAGUAUCAUAAGAGUACUGAAUACUGGAGCACACCCCAAGAUGCGUACAAACCGUCUUGCAUCGUCUAUCCUGAAUCUGCUCAGGAAGUAUCGGUGGCUUUGCAGGCCAUUCGAGCAGCCGACAGCCGAUUCGCAGUCAAGGGAGGAGGUCACAAUCCAAACACCUUCUUUUCAAGCGUGGACCAAGGUGUCUUGAUCGACCUCAGCAGCCUUUCUGAAAAGUCCUACGACCCUGACACCACUCUGGCGACCUAUCAACCAGGUGGUGUAUUCGGCGAUAUAUACGACUACUUUAUCAAAUAUAAUCGCACUGUUGUUGGGGCUCGCCUUUCUGGCGUGGGGACUGGACUGGCUCUGGGUGGUGGCAUGAGCUAUUUGUCUCCCCAAUAUGGCAUGGCCUGCGAUUCGUUCCGAGAGCUGGAAAUCGUUCUUCCAGAUGGUCAGAUUGUGACAGCAUCAAACACCACCAACAGUGAUCUUUUUUUCGCGUCUCGUGGAGGCGGCGGAAAUGCAUACGGCGUUGUGACGAAAUACACCGUGCAGAGUCGCCCUGUUGGCCAGUUCUUCGCUGGGAACAUCAUCUACGCGUUUCCCCAUAAGGACACAAUUAUUGAAGCCAUCGGUAAUUUCAUUCGAUACAACACCGAUCCUAAGGCGAGCAUUAUCGGGACCUAUGAAAAACUCCCCACUCCGGAUUUUAAUCUGAACAUAGACGAGGCUAUCAUCAUGUUCCUUGUUUACGAUGGUCCUGAUCCAGGGCACGCCUUUGCGAACUUCACCAGUGUCCCACACUUGAUCGACACUACAGGCAUCAAAACAUAUCCUCAAGUAGCGGAUAUGCCAGUAUCAUUUGCGACGGAGGCAUCGCGAGGAAACAACAUCUUCAGAGUCGGCGUCCACCGAGCCGACAAUGAGGAGUACAAAGAUGCCCUUGAAACUUGGCGAAAAUGGGCCGAAUCAAACAAGGGCAAAUACUCGCUGCUUUCACUGGACUUCCAGCCUGUUCCAAAGAGCUUGACUGAUGCCAGUAAGGCACAAGGCGGAAAUGCCAUGCAAAUGCCCGAUGGUCCAUGGUUCUGGUUGAACUAUUUGAUCACCACGCCACCGGGGAUGAGUGAGCCUGACUAUAACGCCAUCCAGUCUAGCUUCCGUGACAUGGUAUCGUCGACCAGCAACGCCGAAGGCCUUCCGCUUUUCAUCAACGAUGCAAACCGUGACCAGCACCCGCUCUCGACUUUCUCUACCUAUGAGAAGCUCCAAGGGAUCAAGAAGAAGUAUGACCCUGACAACUUCUUCGCUGACAAGACUGGAGGAUGGUCGUUUGAUUAG